AUGGGAAUUAGUGAUAGACGCAAAAUGAACGCGACUCGAAGAAUGAAGUUGAUUUGCAUUGCUUUGGUAUUGUUGAAUCCCGUCAACGCGAAAACGCAAACCAGCGGAGAAUAUCUUCGGAAUGUGAUGAUCGAGCUUCGAGACUUCAACGUUCCUCCGCCUAUAAAUAUUUACGACAAGCAUGUUUACAACGAUAAAAACAAACAGAAUUACGCGACUCAAAGGAUCAACAUGAACGCGCAAGAAAAUACCGGAAAGCAUAGAAAUCAGAGCUUCCCGCAUUACAAUAUUUUGCUCAACGAUAAAAUUCACUUAAAUCGCAUUGACUCGGCAACUCCAUCCCGAUAUUAUCAGUCUUAUAGUCCCAGCAUUACUAAAAUGCAAGAACCGGAAGCGCUCGGAUAUACGCGAGCACAACUCGCGGCGAUGUAUAAAAAUGCAUUGGAAAAAGGAUCAACGAUGAGCCUGUCUUCCUUGACCAAUGCGUUGUCUGCCGUUGAGAUUCCUCAAGCCACCGACACUCGCGUAGAGUUGUCAGGCAAGCAGCCUCUUUAUCAGUAUUAUUUCUUCCCAUUAAAGACCUUCAUGUCAGAAUUCAAGAAAGACCACGGUUAUAAGACGAUCCCUGCUCCUGCGUUCGACAACACGGAAGCUGCGCAAACUACACAAACCCAAUUAUCGAAUCCCCUCUUUGUAGCCAUAAGUACCUUUGUUACAAUGGCAAUUGUAUUCAUGAUGAGCGUUCUGUUCUUACCGAAAUUGUCUCAAUUAGAUAUACUGCAUUCGCGAGCAAUUCAAGACGAUUUCUUUCAUUUAUCGAACAUCGUUACGAACGCUAUCGAACGUUAUAAUCAUUUGGAGAACUAUAAGGAACACGAUCUAGACUAUGUCAGAUAAAAG